AGUCACUCACCUCCCCAGUCAGUCCCGCUGUGGUAGGACAGCGCUAGCUUCCUGCUUUUAUGUUUCUGAUGCAAGUAUGGUCGCGGAGCCAGACCAGUGAUAUCAGUACUAACUCACUGUAACAGUUUCUGUCGGCACAAUUAAUGCCUCCUCGAUAAGAAUCGUCAUAGCCUUACAUAUGCUAUAAAUCCUUGAAACGUAGGAGUGGACUGCUUGCAAUAACCUGAGUGUCUACUGUCUACAGUUUGACUGGGUUCCCACUGCUCUGGAUGCAGAUCUGAUGGGGUUUGGGGAGUACCUGUGGUGUCCCCAGGCCAAUGCGGCCCUGAUGCGGCUGCAAGACUCAGAGCUACGUCUCAUGGAGGUGAUGAAGAAGUGGAUGAGCCAGCGGUCCAAGAGCGACCGGGAGUUCUCUGUUCAGCUGCACCAGAUGGCUGCCAUGGUUGAGAAACUGGAGGGGCCCCAGCCUGGGGGAGGACUGGACUACAUCAGCCAGCUCAACCAGUCGUGGGGUGUGUUGGUGGCUCAGACGGAGAGUUUGAGUCGUGUGAUGCGGCGGCAGUCUGAGGACCUGCAGGUUGGGCCUCUCAGCAAACUGACCCUGCUGAUCAGAGACAAGCAGCAGCUCAGGAAGACCUACGCAGAGCAGUGGAGCCAGCUCAGCCAGGAGCUCAGCAGGGUGACCCAGACGGAGCUGGAGAGGCUGAAGGCCAGCUACAGACAGCUGGUGAGGGAUGCAGCGCAGGCAAAGAGGAAGUACCAGGAGGCCAGUAAAGAUAAAGAGCGUGAGCGUGCAAGGGAGCGCUAUGUGAAGGCUACUCUGAGGCUCCAUGAGCUUCAUAAUGAGUAUGUGCUGUCAGUCAGAGCAGCCCAGGUGUACCAUCAGCACCACUACAGCCAGGCCCAACCUGCCCUGCUCAUGGCACUACAGAGCCUACAGCAGGAGAUGGUACUCGUACUGAAGGAGAUCCUGCAGGAGUACUAUGACAUGUCCAGUAUGCUCCAACAGGAGGUGGUAUCUGUCCACGAGGAGAUGUCUACUGCUCUGAAGGCCAUAGAGCCACACAAAGAGUACGAGAGCUUCAUCCAUCAGAACAGGUCUGUGGGGGAAGUUCCGGUGUGUGUGGAGUUUGACUCUGGUCUUCUGGAGAACACAGAUCGACUAAAGACUGGAGAGCUGGAACUAAAUGAGCUUACAAUGGAGGGGAUCCAGCACAGGUUGACUACAGUAGAAGAGGAACUGCUGUCUCUUGCUGGUAAUGUGGUUUCCCAACAGGCCUCAGUCAACCAGCUGGAGUUGGAGCUGGAGGCAGAGGAAGAGGGCAUCAAACGGGGUCAGAGGGUUUACCAGUUCAGUAAGAGGCAUGCGCUGGAGAAGAGCCGACAGCAGGUGAUGCUGUCCCUAGGAGCUAGAACCAGGCUGGAGGCCCAGAGGUUGCUGCUGAAGGGGAAGCUGGAAUGGCUGGGAUCCAGUGAACCCCCACCUGCCUUAGGGCUGGAAGAGGACCGUAUCUCCCUCUCCUCCAUCACCUCUAGUGAGAGGGACGGUCUCAGAAACCUCAGUGUGGACGGCGUCAUAAGCCACCUUAGUGGCCUGUUCAAACCCAAAUACACGGUGCCCCCUGCCCUGUCCCCAGUCCCAGAGGUAGAGCGCCCCCUGGAGCAGCAGAACUGGUACCACGGAGUCAUACCCAGGCUGGAAGUCCAGGAGCUGCUGAGGAGCGAUGGAGACUUCCUGGUCAGACAGAGUCAGGGCAAGCAGGAGUAUGUCCUCUCUGUCCACUGGGCUGGCUCUUGCAGGCACUUCCUUAUCCAGAGCACAGACAAUAUGUACCGCCUGGAUGGAGAGGGAUUCCACACCAUUCCCAUGCUGAUGAACCACCUGGUCUCGUCACACCAACACGUCACCAAGAGGUCCGACAUUGUCCUGAAGAGACCUGUCCUAAAGGACAAGUGGGUUCUGGAACACGAUGAUGUCAUCCUGGGGCAGAGCAUUGGCCGGGGUAACUUUGGGGAGGUGUACAGUGGUCGUCUGCUUUCUGACAACACCCCUGUAGCUGUGAAAGCCUGCAGAGAGAACCUGGCCCCAGAACACAAGAACAGGUUCCUUAUGGAGGCCAGGAUCCUGAAGCAGUAUGACCAUCCUAACAUAGUGAAGCUGAUUGGUGUCUGCACACAGAAACAACCCAUCUAUAUCAUUAUGGAGCUGGUACAAGGGGGAGACUUCCUGUCCUUCCUGCGCUGUGAAGGUCACAACCUGAAGUCAAAUAUGCUGGUGAAAAUGGCAGAGAAUGUGGCAUCUGGCAUGGAGUAUCUGGAGAGCAAGAAAUGCAUCCACCGGGACCUGGCAGCCCGUAACUGUCUGGUGGGAGAACAGAGCAGGGUGAAGAUCAGUGACUUUGGGAUGUCUCGCGAGCAGCAGGACGGGGUCUACUCUGCCGCGGGGGGCCUCAAACAGAUCCCGGUCAAAUGGACGGCCCCCGAAGCCCUCAACUAUGGGAGGUACACCACGGAGAGUGACAUGUGGAGUUUUGGAGUUCUCCUAUGGGAGAUAUUCUCCAGGGGAGUCACCCCCUACACCAGCAUGUCCAACCAGCAGACACGGGACGAGGUGGAGAAAGGAUACCGGAUGCUAGCCCCAAACUCCUGUCCUCCAGAUGUGUAUGCCAUUAUGUGUCGCUGCUGGCAGUACGACUCCAGGAACCGGCCGUCCUUCAGCGAACUCAGGACCGAACUCAGUGCUUUGUACCACAAAGUGUCCUUACUCAAGUGACUUGUUUGAUUCUCUUUUACCUUUUUAUAUGGAGAAGAUGUUGCCUUUAUUUAAUAUACAUUGAUUAUAGAGAACCAGUUGCUAUGUGAUCUUGAAUUGACCAUAUUUAAGUAGUGAUGAUCCACCAGCCUGUGAGACCACAGGUAAUAUAAGUACACAGGACAUGUGUGUAUUGAAAACAUUGGUACCAUAUUCUACAAAGUAUAAUAUUCUAUCUGUUGAAUGUUGCUAUUGUUUACUGUAUUACAUUACUGUAAAUGUACAAAUUGAAUGUUCCUUUUAUAUCAGCUUGAAAUAGUUGAUGGGAUCUUUUUCUCUGUUGUCUUUUUUAAUAACAAACAAACAAAAAUUUGAACGCAACAUGUAAAGUGUUGGUCUCAUUUUUCAUGAGCUGAAAUAAAAGAUCCUAGAAUUUGUCCAUACGCAAAAAAAAUGUUUUUCUCUCAAAUGUUGUGCAGAAAUUUGAUUACAUCCCUGUUAAUGAGCCUUUCUCCUUUGCCCAGAUAAUUAAAUCACCUGACAGGUAUGGCAUAUCAAGAAGCUGAAUAAACAGCAUGAUCAUUACAGAGGUGCACCUUGUGCUGGGAACAAUAAGGCCACUAAAAUGUGCAGUUCUGUCACACAACACAAAGCCACAGAUGUAUCAAGUUUUGAGGGAGUGCGCAAUUGGCAUGUUGACUGCAUGAAUGUCCACCAGAGCUUUUGCCAUUUCUCUAUCAUAAGCGGUCUCCAACGUCGUUUUAGAGAAUUUGGAAGGAGAUCCAACCGGCCUCACAACUGCAGACCACGUGUAACCGCGCCAGCCCAGGACCUCCAAAUCUGUCUUCUUCACUUGUGGGAUCGUAUGAGACCAGCCAUCCAGACAGCUGAUGAAACUGUGGGUUUGCACAACCUAAGUUUCAGACAGUUUGUGCAGAUAUUCUAUCUCAGGGAAACUCAUCUGCAUGCUCGUCAUCCUCACCAGGGUCUUGACCUACUGCAGCUUGACGUUGUAACUGACUUCAGUGGGCAAAUGCUCAGCUUCAAUAGCCACUGGCACCCUGAAGAAGUGUGCUCUUUACGGAUGAAUCCCAGUUUCAACUGUACCGGGCAGUCGGCAGACCGCGAGUAUGGUGUCAUGUGGGCGAGCGAUUUGCUGAUGUCAACGUUCUGAACACUGCCCCAUGGUGGCAGUGAGGUUAUGGUAUGGGCAGGCAUAAGCUAUGGACAAUGAACACAAUUGCAUUUUAUCGAUAGCAAUUUGAAUGCACAGAGAUACCGUGACAAGACCCUGAUGCCCAUUGUCAUGCCAUCCAUCCAUCACCUCAUGUUUCAGCAUGAUAAUGCACGGCCCCAUGUCACAAGGAUCUGUACACAAUUCCUGGAAGCUGAAAAUGUCCCAGUUCUUCCCUGGCCUGCAUACUCACCAGAUAUGUCACCCAUUGAGCACAUUUGGGUUGCUCUGGAGCGACGUGUUCGACAGCGUGUUCCAAGUUCCCGCCAAAAUCAAGCAACUUCGAACACAGCCAUUGAAGAAGAGUGGGACAGCAUUCCACAGGUCACAAUCGACAGCCUGACCAACUCUAUACGAAGGAGAUGUGUCGCGCUGCAUGAGGCAAAGGAUGUUCACACCAGAUACUGACACAUCCCCCUACCUUUUUUUUUUAAGGCGUGACCAACAGAUGGAUAUCUGUAUUCCCAGUCAGGCGAAAUCCAUAGAUUAGGGCCUAAUUUAUUUAUUUAAAUGUACUGAUGUAUAUGAUCUGUAACUCAGUACAAUCUUUGAAAUUGUUGCAUGUUGCGUUUAUAUUUUUGUUCGGUGUAUUUAAAUGAAUUCAAAUCCUCUUAUGAUGAUGCCAGUGUUUUCUACUGCUUUUUAAAAAGUGGCCACUA